AUGACAACCACCGUGCCCUUAAUAUACUCGUUCCCCGAGUUUGAAGGCGUGGCCGACGCUGUGGCCGACCAUGUCAUUCUGGCACAGAAUUUGACCUUGUACAACACGUUGGAUAAGGCGGCAAUCGCCGAGGCCAAGAGAAUUGCAGCUGCGCGCCCGCAAUUGACGGAAAUGGCGUCGUCCACAUCGAUCGGCGGCUCCAGCGCCGGCAGCAGCUCGCUCCGCAACUCCAGAAGUCUUAACCAGAGCAACAGCAACCUCAAUCUCGCCGGCGAAGGAGGGAGCGGCCGCCGGGGCCCCAAGAGCAAGAAACGCGCCGAAUUGCGGUUCAAGGUGGCGCUCAGCGGCGGUUCGCUCAUCAAAAUUUUGCACCAAGGCUUGUUGUCGAGGCAGGAGGAGAUCGAGUGGGACAAGUGGGACAUCUACUUUGCCGACGAGCGGUUGGUCCCAUUCGAAAGCCCGGACUCGAACUACGGCUCCGCCAAGAGACAGAUUUUCGACUUGAUCUCGGGCUCGAAAAAGCCACGUGUUUUCCCCAUCGAUGAGCUGUUGAUUGACGAUCCGCAAGAGUGCGCCGACAGCUACGAGAAACUACUCAUCGACAACUUCGCCCGCAAGGACAGCGUCAAGUUGCCCAUGUUUGACUUGUUGCUUCUUGGCUGUGCGCCCGAUGGCCACAUUGCGCUGUUGUUCCCCAACUUUGGCGAGCAAUUGCGAGAAAAAUUGGCCUGGUGCUUGCCCGUGGAAAACGCACCCCUGGGGCCUUCCAACAGAAUCACGCUAUCCAUUCCUGUCAUUUGCCACGCUCUGAGGGUGACUUUUGUUGUGGAAGGUUUGACAAAGGCUCCCGUGAUGCGUAUUAUCAUGGAACGACCCGAAAAGGGUUUGCCCAGCUCUAUUGUCAAUGAGAGCGCUGCGGGCCGUGUCACUUGGUUUGUCGACGAUGCUGCUUUGAACGACUGCUACGAUGUGACCAAGAAAAAGUACAAGUUCUUGAGCAUUGCCGACCCGUCUUUGUAA